AUGGCGAACGCCGGAGCCAACACCAACGGAUCUCAGUUCUUCAUCUGCACCGUGAAGACCGAUUCGCUCGAUGGUAAGCAUGUGGUGUUUCGGCAGGUCGUGGAAGGGUUGGACGUCGUCAAGGUCAUCGAGAAGGUCGGAUAUUCGUCUGGGAAGCCAUUGAAGUACAUGCCUCCUAAGCCUAACACUAGGAACAAUAAAACUGGUCAAGUUGUAAAGCUUACAAACCAAGAGUUAGAAGUUGAGACAUUUGAGCCAAAGCUAGAAACUACAGAAGAGGAUGUCAACUAUGUGUAUGGAGCUAGGUAUAAGGGACAGAAGUUCGGCAAUCAGCAAGGCAAAAGUUCUUACAAUGGAAACUCUUCAGGCUACACUCCUAAGCCAAAUUACUAG